GCAGGGAGAAGGGAUGGUCUGCCUGCCUGCAGCUGGAGAGGCAGACAAAAUCUGACUGUUUCUCAGAAAUGGAGCCAAACCUUCCCUGUCUCUGGCAGAGGCAGACCAAUCAAAAACUGUCAAAGACUGCAUACAGCACAGUACCCAAUGUCAUGGAUCCAUGGACUUUAUUACUCCAAGCAAGGACAUUUUCAGGGGGAGACAAAAGCCGGAGUGUUCCUCCUAACAAGUGGCCAGUCCCUCGGUCAGUGCUGUGUAGACAUGACCUUCAAAGAAAUCGCACCAAAUAUUUCAAGAUUCUUGGAUGAAAGGUGCUUCAAAGUACAAGUUAAAAGACAAAACCUGAAAGUCCAGAUUAACACAACUGAUGAUACCAUUUGCAUGAAAUACCUUCGGCUAAGUCCAGACACCAAACUCCAAGGUUUCAUUCUGGGAUAUGGAAGCAGCUUCUUCUCUAACCAGUAUAUCCCUCUGCCUUCAGAAGGAAAAUCCUAUGUAACAGAAGUUGAUGCCGAGCCAAGAUACUUGAUUACAGUGCGACCUGCACCCAUUCCAAAUCACAAGAAAACCUGCUCAGGUAAGACCAAGACUCAAAAGCCUCUCCAGAUGGUGAUUGGCACUUUGACCCCAACCUCUGUCUUCCUGUCCUGGGGCAUCCUAGUCAAUCCACAGCAUGACUGGACUGCAAUGAGUAGCUGUGCUAGUGACAGAUUUUAUACAGUUCGCUACAGGGAAAAGGAUAAAAACAAGAAAUGGGGUUUUCAGCUUUGUCCAAUUACGGAGACAGUGGUGGAGAAUCUGAAGCCCAACACGCCUUAUGAAUUUGGAGUGAAAGACAACACAGAAGAUGGGAUUUGGAGCAAGAUUUUCAAUCACAAAACCAUCCUAUCUAAUAAAAACAAAGAAAAUGGUCAGCUCCAGAAUACCUACAAGGUCAAACCUAAUAUCCAAACACAGCUCAUACUACGAGACGCUACAAAACUUGUCCCUAUUACAAGAAUCAAACAAGUAAUUCAAAAUGUCACACGUCGGAUGCUGCCUAAAACCACGGACAGGCCUUCCCUGGCAGGAGCAAUACUAGUGCACCUUAUCAUUCCAGGUCUCAAUGAAACACCACAACAGAAACUCCCUAAACCUGAGACACUGGGCAUAUCUGAAACACCAAAGAAAAAAUUGGUUACAAAUGAAACCCAAACAUGGCCUGAGGAAUCCAAAACACCACAAGUGCAAGAAAUCUCCCCACGGUCCUUCCCAGCUACCAUUGAAUCAGUUCAGGAAAGCAUUAAACCUACUAUGUCUGCUGCCCCAGAAAAAUCAGAGGCAUCUCCAGCUCACAGUAAAAAUGAACUGGAAUCCGCAGAAGCUAGCAUAGCACCUACGCCUGAAUUACCAUUGAACACUCUGGCUCACAGUGAAACUGAGAGUGGACUUGAAGAAACAAAAUCAACUCCUAAACCUGACCUGGCACAAACUCAGAACAUACUGGCUUCUAAUGAAAUGCAGCUGAUUCCUUCUGGAUCCAAAAUAUCUGAUACUCCAAAAAUACUACAGACAAAACCUGCUGCCAAGAAACCAGCCCUGAAAUCUACAUCUUUUCCUUCUAUGGAAACCCCAGGGACAGUGAUGGUUUUUGAUGAAACACAGCUUGUUUCUUCAAGAUCCAAACCAUCUGGCAUCCCAGAAAAGCUACCAACCAAAUCUGUAAUUAUUCAAACAACUCCGAAACCUGUUACUCCUGAAGCUAGUAAAGCAGAAGUUGCUUCAUAUGACUUUCUACAUGUUUCUUCCACUCCCCAAACAUCUGAAAUUCCAGAAAUAUUUGAGCUAGAAUCUGCUACAAAUAGUGCUGACCUGGAAACAUCUGUGCCUCUAAUUUCCAGAAUAUCUCAUUUGCUAGGAACAACAAUGGCUUUCGAUGAUACUCAUCCUGUUUUUUCAAACCCCGCAACAUCCGAUGAGCCUGAUAUAACAGAUCUCAAACCAGCAGCAACAAGUGAACCCACUCUGGAAUCUUUCUCACCUCAAACUUCUAGUCCUCUUGAAUGGCCAAGAGAAACGUUGGCUCCAAAUGAAGCACCACUUAUUCCUUCUAAACUGAAACCAUCUCCUCUUCCAGAAGUGCAGCAUGUGAAACCUGCACAAAAGCCACCACUUUUGGAGCAUAGUACACCUAAAGCUUCAAAGACUAUUGAAAGGCCAAAGGCAACACUAGCUCCCUGGGAAACAAAGUUUGUUCCUUCUACACCUAAACCAUCUGCCAAACCCAAAAUGCCAAGAACUAAACCUGCAGAAAAAGCAAUUCAUUUGGAAAGCAAUACACCUAAAUUUUCUAAGCCCCUUGAACUGCCAAGGACAACACUAGCACCCAGUAAAACAAAACUAAUUCCUUCCAAACCUAAAGUCUCUCUCCAUCCAGAAGAACCCAAGACAAAACCGGCAGCAACCAGGGAACCUGUUCCAGUGCCAGUCACUAUUAAGAUUUCUUCUAUUACUGCUACUACUAAGACUCUUGAACGUCCGAAAUCUACUACGGUUUCAUAUGACCCACAACACAUUUCUUCCAAACCUAAAGCAUCUGCCAGUGCCAUGCCAGAAAUGCCACAUAGUAAACCUGCAAAAAGUCCAGCUACUCCAGAAGCUAAAUGUAAAAUUUCUUCUAAUGACCUUGAGUGGCCCAAGGCAACAUUGGAAUCCAGUGAAAUACAUUUCAGACCUUUGAAGCCCAAAUCAUCUACUGAACCUAAAAUGCCUCAAUCUAAACCUGCUCCAACUGAAACACAGUUCAUUCCUUCCAAACCUAACGCGUCCCCAGAGCCAGAACUACCACAUUCUAAACCUGUCCUGGAACAUAUUACACUUAGAAUUGAACCACCAAGGUCAACAAUAGCACCAAAAGAGACACGACGUGUUCCUUUGAAGCCUAAAACAUUGCCCAAACCUCAUGUGCCACAGACAAAACCUGCCCCUGAAGCAGCUACAUUUAGAACUGAACAACCGAAGACACCAUUAGCUCCAAAAGAGGCACGGCAUGUUCCUUCCAAACCUAAAACAUCACCAAGCCCAGAUGUGCCACAAACCAAACCUGCUCCAAAAGAGACGCGGCGUCUGCCUUCCAAACCUAAAACAUCACCCAUCCCAGAUGUGCCACCAACUAAAGCUGCCGCGAAAGAGAAUCGACGUGUCCCAUCUAAACCAAAAACAUCACCCAGCCCAGAUAUACCACAAACAAAAUCUGUUCCAAAAGAAACUCAGCGGGUUCCUUCCAAACGUAAAACAUCACCCAGUCCAGAUGUGCCUCACAUUAAACCUGGAGUCAUUCCAUCGCUCCAAGAGCCAGUCACUGCUACAACUCCUCAUUCUCUUGAACGAGCAAAAACAACAAUGGCUUCAAGUGAAAAACAGUUCAUGCCUACUAAACCAAAAACAUCCAUCAAGCCAGGAAUACCACAGACCAAACCUGCAGUACAUCGAACAUCCCCACAGCCACUCAUAACAAAACCUUCUGUCACCUCUAAACAGACAAAGGCAACAAUGGCUCCAAAAGAAACACGACUCAUUCCAUCCAAACCCAAAACAUCUGUCAGGCCAGAAGUACCACAGACUAAACCUGUUCCAAGUGAAACAUACCAGAUUUCGGCCAAGCCCCAAACUGCUCUAACAACUGAAAAUCCACACUUGAAAACUGCUUCCUAUGUGAUUCAUACAGAAACCAUUAAACCUAAAAUAUCAAAACCAUUUGGCAAAACAGAGGCAACCCUGGCACCACAUAAAGUGCGUCUCACUUCUGCAAGACCCAAGAUAUUUGAUAAGCCACAGAUCAGACCUGCGCUAAACAAGACAACACCAGGACCUGGUAGAACAAAAACUGCUGGAGUGAUGAAAUGGGGUGGGACACCAACAGGUGACAAAGAAACAGUUCAGGAUUUAACCAAAUUUCUUAUGGGCUCAAACGUAUCACUGGAAUCCAAUAUGACAAAGAAAAAGACAGAUUCCGUAGCUACAGUACCUGACCGUCGGCGUCCUCCCUUAGCUCCUGCUAAGCCCACACAGGUGCGAAGAAAACCAUUGCCUCCAAGCACAGUGACUGGUAAACCGGGGAGUGCAGGAAUUGCCUUGAAGUCACGAGUUCCACCUUCUUCCAUGACUACUGUAGCUAAAACUACUGGACCAACCAUAUCUCUGAAGAUGGAAAUGCCAAGAAAGAAGCCAACAGUUUCUGCUUCUCCAGAGGACUAUGUUAAUGCAACUGUCUUCAGCUCGAGUCCUACAUCAGAGACUGAUUCUCUGGGCAAACCACGGUACACAGGCCCUCACGUCAAGUACGUGCCAAAAAAUGUAAGCGAGCCAUGUUCUAUUACAAGCACUCUCCAGUACUUCCCAGAAGAGGAAGGCAGCAACAAGGAAGAUGUUACUAGCCCUCCACAAAAUCCUCCUUCCAACCUCACUGUGGUGACAGUCGAGGGUUGUCCAAGCUUUGUCGUACUGAACUGGACAAAACCGGAAAAUGACACCGUUACCGAGUAUGAGGUUGUAUCAACUGAAAAUGGAGCACCUAAUGGAAAGGGGACGUCCAUUCUAACUACAAAUCAAACCCACUCUACAGUGGAAAAUCUAAAACCUAACACAAGUUAUGAAUUCCAGGUGAAACCCAAAAACCCUCUCGGUGAAGGUCCAAGCAGCAAUAAGGUCCCAUUUAAUACUGAAUCAGCGGACCCAAGAGUGAGUGAGCCAAUUUCAAUGGGAAAAGAUGCCAUCUGGACUGAAGUCCCAUUCAAUUCCGACUCCUAUUCAGAGUGCAAAGGGAAACAGUACGUCAAGAGGACCUGGUACAAGAAGUUUGUAGGCGUUCAACUGUGUAACUCCCUGAGAUACAAGAUUUACCUCAGUGAUUCACUUACAGGACAAUUUUACAACAUAGGAGACGAGAGGGGACAUGGAGAAGAUCAUUGUCAAUUUGUGGACUCAUUUUUAGAUGGACGGACAGGGCAGCAAGUUUUCCCAGACCAGUUACCAACCAAAGAUGGCUUUUUCAGAGCAGUUCGCCAGGAACCUGUCAAGUUUGGAAAAAUAGGUGGAGAGACCCAUAUUACCUACGUUCAUUGGUACGAGUGUGGAACUUCAAUACCUGGUAAAUGGUAGCUGCUACAUGAACUUAAAAAUGAAAGAAGGUCUAUCGCUACCCUGCCCCUACCCUGAACAAGUUCAGAGAUGGAAAUGUUUAUGGUCUUCCUGUCAUUUAAACAUGUUUACCCAUGUAUAAAGUUUAUAAAAGUCUAAUGACAAUACUGCAUUAAGUGUGUUUCAUAGCAUAGACUGCUUACUAUAGUUACUCCAUUUUACCACAAAGCAAGAUAAGCACACAUCAUAGGAUAAGGUCUGGGGAAGCUGGCUCCCUAUAUUCUGGGUAUCAAGGUACAGUUUAUAUGGUAUUUUAAAAGAUACAGUUUGUAUAUUAUUUAUCACAGUGUUGUAACAAAUAUUUUGAGGGAGUUAUGGCAAAGUUGAUCAUGAAACUGCAGUAUACAUUUAAUUUUAGAUAUUCACUGUUACUGAAGUAUAUAGUGUCCUAUGCUACCUGUCGAGAUAAUUCGGUAAAGUCUCUGGCAAUUUCUAAUUUAAAUAUAUGGGGAAAGCUCUCAAACUGACUUCUGUACUUUAUACUCAGAUUAAAGAGCUUUUCCCCUUACAGCUAAAUAGACAAUUUGUGCUCUUGCCAAAAUUGGAAGAAAGCUUGUUGUAUUUUAAAUGCGUUAGCACCAAGAAAGCAAUUUUUAUGUUUAAAAAAUGCAAGCAUAGCUUCAACUCUAUGACAGAAGUGUAGAUUCUGUCACUGAGAAACCAUGCCUGUUGAUGUGGUUAAAAUUAUAGUCUGUGUCCCUAAACACAGUUGCUGAAUAGUAUUUUUACUUAAUCCGGCUUUCAGGUGGGCAUCGUGCAUGGGGAACAGAAGUCAAAUCUGCCUCUACUGCAGUGGGUUUUCUGAAGUGUUGAUGAACUACUUUGCAGGCCAAAUGUAUAGCACCACAGAAUUUAAUAAGGUGUAGGAGGAUAUGCUCACAAUACCAGUCUUUCUUUACAGCACAAUCAGGUUUGCUUUAUUAAAUAAAAAAAGCUGUUUCACAGAAUUGUUAUUGUGGGACAAGGGGAAAAGUAGAGUGAAAUUAUUUUUUUCAGAAUUACUUUUACAGUAGUUCCAUUAAAAAACUACUUACCCUUUCUUCCCCUCCCAAAAUGCUAGAUGUUGUAUUGCUUGAACAUUUAUGAACUAAAUAAAGAGAUGGGUUUUUUUAAGCAGGGUGUUUCUAAUACAAUGAAUAAAGGUAUGAACAGGAACACCAAAGAAAUACGUCAUUUGUAGAAAAUGCCUUAAAAAGUACAUUGCAGGUACACUGUACUCUAAUAAAAUGUUUUUUAAUCAUU